UAUCCCAUGACUGGGCCCUCAAACCUACAAGGCUGAGGUUUUGUGAUCAGAGUCUGUCGUUUUGGAACCCCAAGGAAUAGAGGUCGGAAAAUACGGAACUCUGAAUAAAAAUCAAGCCAGUAAAUUUAAAAACCAACGUCUAUAAUGUGUGCGAAGGUCUCCGAAAAGUGGACACUCUACCAUGACAUCGUGAAGAGGACCGAGUUCAAGUUGUAUCACAUAAUUAGACGCACUCACUUCCGCCGGAAGUUCCUGAUUCGUUGCCAUAAAUCCAACAUAACCGGUUUCGUGAUCUAUGAUAACGACGGACGUGACGCCUUUGGGGUUUUGGAGGGCCUACCCGACGACAUCAACCAAAUGAAGGUGUGGAUCUUGGGCCGAUUCAUUCCGGAGCCCUACGGCGAACGCGCCACUUUCUCGGCCUAUGAGAUUUGCUUCAACCCAGAUAGACAGCCUUUCUGCCAGAGAUUCUCUGUUCCGGACCACGAGCGGCUUCUGGCCGAUAUCUACGAAGACUCGAUUGUGAAACCCGAAGGCAGAGCCAAGCAGAGGAGCGAUGCAGAAGGAUCGGAUAAAGAAUCGGAUGAUGAGUCGGUGACCGGAUCCGGAUCAGAUUUUUCCGGAUCAGAUUGAAUUAUUUCCAGGGUUUUGUCCCCAUUAUAUUCAAAAUUUAUCUUUUCUUCAUUUGCAUCUGUUGUGCUUAACAAAUCUCCACUGUAAAACGGUGAAAGUAAA